AUGGCGUACACGGGGUGCACUACGAGGAUUGUGAUAAACAAACAGCUUAGCGAGAAUAUACAAGUCUUAUCGAGCGUAAAACAAGGAUGUCCUGCGUCUGCACUGCUUUUUGCUAUCUAUUUAGAACCUCUCUGUCAGAAAGUGCUACAGAAUGACCAGGUGCGAGGGUUUCGCUUGAUGUCCGCGGAGGUCAAAAUUCUGAGUUACGCGGACGAUAUUGCUGUGUUCUGCCAAGACCGGGAGAGUGUCAGAGCAGCACUAAACGACGUGAAGUCCUUCUGUGAGUGCACGGAUAGUAAAGUAAAUUGGAGUAAGUGUCUUGGAAUAUGGCAUGGAAACUGGCACAGCACACCAUCGUUAUAUGAAAACAUUACGUGGAAGGUCACACCUGACAAGUACUUAGGUGUACCUCUCCAACACUACAGGGACACAACAGAAUAUUGGAGAGAAGAAACGGAACAGCUAAAAAUCAAGACGAAAAAGUGGGGUGGGCGAGACUUUUCCAUUUUUACGAGGUCAACAGUCAGCAACAUAUUUCUUAUUUCAAGAGUGUGGUAUGUUUUACAAGUGCUAUUUAUGUCACGCGUUGCUGUACAAAAGCUCCACAGAGUGUUGGCAGUGUUUAUCUGGGCUUCGACGUGGGAGAGGACAAGUCGCACAAAUCUGUUCCGUUCUGUGCAAAGUGGGGGGCUAGGUCUUGUACACUUGUUCCUGAGGCAGAUAGUGGCUAGGUUUAUUUUUUUACGAGAUCAAGGUGAUUGUUUUUUGAGAACGGUGAUACAUGUGCGGUUGUCCAAAUUUUUGCCUGAUUUUAUUGUAACCACAGUCAACGGGGUGACAAGGCGACCUAGGGGUUACAUGCAAGAAGUGAUUGCGGCUUUGGAAAUUUUGAGAGUGCGAUUUUCGAUGGAGUAUCUCUCUAAGGUGUCGCGAAAGAGACUGUACAAGGACCUCGUAGAAAUUAUGUUGCCAGAGCCUCUGUAUAGAACAUUGUACCCCAAUGGGCCAGGGGAUGACGUCUUAAAGAGAGUGAAAAAGAUGCCAGUUCGGCCCUCAGUUAAGACAUUCUUUUUCAAACUUCAUAGUGGCACACUCCCUACGUUACCUUGGCUCCGUGAAAAAGGAAUAUUUGUCCCUUGGUCAGUAGACUGUAUUAUCUGCAGAAAACCUGAGACAGUUGACCACAUUUUUCUCGACUGUACUGAUGCAGUCUUUCUCUGGGACAUCCUUCAAAGGACCUUGAAGAAAGAACUGCCCGUUACGCCGUAUGGCAUCCGUUUUCUGCCUGUCAUAAGCGUAGGGGGUGUGCCCUACGAUAUGUUCAUGGCACUGGUUCUUCACAGUGUGUGGAGAACACGGAUGGCAGUGCGAAACGUAGACGUGAAUCCCCGGCCUGCUCGAGAGUAUUUCAUUGAAAGUGUACAAUAUUUGAUGACUGCAUACGAGGCACAAAAUGAUAAGCCAGAGUGGUUCCCCUGUUUGGUUGAAUUGGUUGGCAUGAAGCGUCUGCCUUUUUAACUCCCAUGUGCUGAAAGGUGGGGCAGCACUUUUAUA